UGGUGUGGGCGCCUGCUGUUGCAUGGCAUGGUGAGAAGGAACAAAUGAAGGAGUGCGAAGAGGCUGGCCAUUGGCGUGCACAUUGAAUCCUGUGUAUGGCGGGAUUUGAAUAUUGUUCGGUAGGCUUCGCCUCUGUUGGUGAACAUGAGCAUGAGCAGGCAGUUGUUGUGGCGGUGGAGGCUGAACGGGCUGUUGCUGGCGAACACUUGGCGGACGUGGCAAGUGUUGUUGGUGAUUUGGCAAAGAGUUCUGUCUGAGCGGUUGAAAAAAGACUGGCUGUUGCAUCAGACCGGGCGAUACAGCGGUCGAUAGGACAGCUCCGCGACUAGAUGCUGUGUCUAUAGAUGCUCUAGACGUCGCCACUGGUCUAUUGCGCAUCGCAGCAAGCGAAUUCUCCGGGAUUGUCGGCGAGUUGUUCUCAUCACUAGGAGCAGGAGACGGCAAUCCAGGCUGAGCACUGGACCGCGCUGAUGCCUCUCCUGACUUGCCGCCAGCGCUGUUCGCAACGGCAAAGGGCAUUGCCGUCAUCGUGGUCGGCUGUGCAAUCGCGGGCGACUCAUAUUGUACCAGGUCCAGUGUGGAAUGGGACUGAGGGACCACGCGAGGUGUAGAAGCGCUCGACAACGGUCGUUCUUGCCCUGACGUCACUCUUGCUGUGUGUGAGGCGGUUGCGGUUGCAGCAGUGACGGUCUCUGUGCCUUCCUCUUCAUCUAUAGUAACGACAUUGGAGAGCGGUGAAGGUGAAGCUCGCGAAAUCGAGAGACCGGCUGGAGUGCG